GAGGGAGACAAAAAUGAAUGUUGAAAGUUGGAAGUUCAAAACUGGAAUAGCUGAAGUUGUGGUCAAAAGAUGAGCUAUUGUUUUAUUGACCUUAUGUUGUUCUUCAUUGAGGCAGCCCAACUAAAGGAUGGUUAGGCUGAGGACUUGAAUUUUAACGAGAUGAAAUUGACUGGAAAAGAAAAAAAAUUCUGAGGAAGUAACUGUAACUAUCUGUGAGUGAAGAUGAUUGCGAACGCUGACCAGAGCAGUGUGCCAAAAGAUCCCCCCAAAAGUCUAGAGCCACUUUCAGCAGACUUGGUUACAGACUCUCAAAAGGUUGCUUGCCUACAGGUGCAGGGGGAUGAAGCAUUGAAGAAGGGGAAUUACCAGGAGGCGGUGCACAGCUAUUCCCAGGGUCUCAUGCUGGAUCCAAAGAAUUGUGAGCUACUUUCCUGCCGGGCAGUGGCAUUUAUCCAGAUGAAACGGUAUGAGGAUGCCAGAGUGGAUGGAGAAGCCCUGAUCCAAAUCCAGCCCGAGUUUCCACAGAAUUAUUACUUGUUGUCUCUGGCGAAUGGGUGUCUUGGCAAUCUCCAGAAGGCCUUCUGGUCUAUGCUUCGUUGUCUAGACCUUGAUCCAAUGCAUCAGAAUGACCUGGUGAAAGAACUUUACAAGAUCACCAAUAAACUAUGUAACACUGAAAUAGAGGACAAUUACUUUGAUGACAAAGGACUGGAUGAGGUGCUUCUGGAGAUUGGGAGCCUGCUCUGUGAGGCAUCGUUGCAUGAUCUCUGCAUACAGGUGGUCAGCUCAGCUGUCCAGCUUUAUCAGUCUACAAUGAGUGAUUCAAUCAGAAUGCAGUUCUACAUGAUCCAUGCCACUUCCUAUUCAGCAACCAAUGAAAUGGACAUGGCCAAAACAGCCUAUGAAAACUGUCUGAAAUUAGCACUGAAGUUGAGCAGCAUUGAAGAAAUAGUCAAGUGUUAUGAAGGUCUGGCAGAGGUACACAGGGAAAUUGGACAUCCUGAAGAAGCCAUCCAGUACCUCCUUGAACUGCUAGCAAUCGGGGAACACAGUGAACAGCAACCAAGUAAUCAGCAGUCCUCAUACGAAAGGCAGCCUCUAUCCACAAGCCGCAGAGAAUUCUGGAGUUCAGAGAGAGUAAAGGCUGCCUACUUGAACCUGAGUGAAGCCUAUUGUCUUAUUCAUCAGUACCAGAAAGCAUUGACUUUUGGGAAGAAGUACCUGGAGCAUAUAAUAGGGGGACCGCUUAGUAGCUGCAGUCACGAUAUUACAUCUGCUUAUUAUCAGGUUGCAAAACUACAGGAGAAAUUGGGGCUUUACAGUGACUCAGUGAACAGCUACCAGCAAUACUGUGAUUUAAACAAGGUACUGGGCAACAGCACUGCAGCAGCUGAGGCCCAUGGAGCAAUAGGUUCAGUCCAUGUAGCACUGGGUAACUAUGACCUGGCAAUAAUGCAUGCCCACAAGAGCUUCAACAUGUCUAGAGCUGGAGCAGACCGCAAACUUCUACUAGCAGCACUGAUUAGGCUUGGGGACAUUAACAGUAUCAUGGAGAAUUUUGAAGAGGCAUCAAGUUGGUAUGAACAAGCAUGGGAUCACAACCGGAUGGGAGAUGCACCCAAACUGAGGUGUCAGACUGCUCUGGGUUUAGCGGAGGUUUACAAAGGAACAGGUCACUAUCAGCAUGCCUUGUACUUCUAUGAGCAGGCACUGGAGGCUGCCGAGGAGGCAAACGAAGGUGAGCUGAUGUACAAGUGUAAAUUCAAGAUUGCAUGUUGCUGCCAGUUCUCCUACUCUGCAAAGGAUCUUGCGAAAGGUUGCAAAGCCGUUAAUGAUGUGAUACCACAUUACCACUGGCUCAGUAGGAAAGCCAUUGUGGAAGGCAUCGUGCAACCCGAGGAAAUUACUCAUGUUCUUGUGGAGAGCUAUGAUGUGAUCCAGACAAUUCUUGUGAAAAUAGGUGAGCACGUCAAGGCACUGCAGUAUGCAGAGGCAGGGAGGAGGCACAGAUUUCUAACGUACGCAUUAAUGGAAGAGGAACAGUCAGCAUGGAAUAAUUCUGAGGAUCAGUCUUUGCCAUCAUCCAUCCCAAGCUUGGAGAAGCUCUACAGCAUCGUGGAUGCCACCUCUGGAUCUGUGCUGUACUACUCGUUGGUGAAAACGGGCCUGUUAGUCUGGAUGCUGAAGGCAAAGCAAGGUCUGGUUUACUUCCAUGCCACCAACGGUGCUGUGUCAGAAGCUGUCCACAAGCAGAUCUGCCAGUUCCUCCUGUUACUGAAGAACAGGUCCCUGCUUUAUGAGACUGAAGCCAGGAACAUCCCCAUACGGCUGAAGAAAACCAUGAGUGACAAACUAUACAAGAGCCCAUGGACUUCCCACUUGUCCUGCAAGAAUUCCAAGGCAACAUGUGGGCUGCCGGAGGACGGGAUGGAGACUGAGCUCUGGAAACAGAUGUACCUGCUUUUGUUGGGACCUCUCAACAAGUUGCUGGAUGAUGUGCAAGAAGGCAGCGACAUUCUGAUUGUACCUGACCAAUAUCUCAUCCAGAUUCCCUUCGCAAACCUACCAGACGCGAAGAAUAAGACACUGGGAGAGAGGUUUUGGGUUACCCUUGCACCAUCCCUGUUCGCAGUGGAAGUUGUGGCUAAUUUGACGGAAGAUUUUAGGCAUAAAAUAGAAAGUCGAUUACCAUUGGAUGUGAAAUCAGGGCAUGUUCCAACAAUGACUAUGCUGCAACAUAUGGGCAGUUCACAGCAGGAACUUCAUGGUUUGCAGAAGGUUGGACUCAUGGACUCUGUGAGUCACCUGGUUCACUGUACAUCCACCAACACGCUUGUUGCCAGCUCGCCAUACGUCAUUCUUCCAUUCAAGCAGGUGUUUGGCAAGUCUCGGUCACUGGUUGUGGGAAGUCCACAUUUCCCUUCCGCUUUGUCCUUGUGGGGAAGAGUUUGGAAGCCCUGGGGCCCAUUAAUUGGAGCUCAGAAGGAAGUUAUCAAAGUGGCGGAGUACCUGCAAACAGAGGCCAUCAUGGGUGAACAAGCAACCAAGAAGCGUGUUCUGAGCGAACUUCCACAACUCACUGUGGUACAUAUUGCAACGUAUGGUAGCUGGGAAGAAGGUGUUUUGCUCUUUACUCCACAUCCCCCUCCAGCUGCCGGUGAACUGGUGGAUGAGCGAUCCUACUUACUGACCAUUCCUGAGAUCCUGGAAUUGAAACUGAAGGCCAAGGUUGUGGUGCUGUCCAGCUGUGGAGAUGGAGGUACAAUCCAGGAUUCUGUGCCACCUUUGAUACUGCCCAGUGCCUUCCUCAGAGCAGGAGCCUCGUCAGUGCUGAUGCAGAUUAAGUCUGUUCCCCAGCAGGCUUCUCUCACCUUCUAUCACCACUUCUACGUUGCUCUGUGGUACGGCUCAUUGGUCAGUUACGCUGUGGAGUACGCAAAGCAGCAGAUGCAGAACGACGCCAGGUUCGGCCGAUACUGGUGCAGCUUUGUGCUGCUUGGACUGGACACAUUUAUCAGUCUGCAGGACAUCAAGCAUGACAUGUUACAGCAGGCCAUGGAGAAUGCUGAGCAGGAGGUGGCUGAACGGGACAAGAAGGACUGGCUGAACCCUGCACCCUACGCCCCGCCAGUUCCAGAUCGAGAGGACCUUCUUUUACAGAUACAGAAGAGUAUUGAAGAACUGCUCGUGAACCAGGGCUCCAUGUCAGCUGUGUUGAAACUGCUGCACAUGCUGAUGAGCGAGGCAUGCAGGAGGCUCUCGGACACCAAUGCAGAUCACUGCACAGUGAAGCUGACUGCAAAUAUCAUCAACAUCCCGGGAGUGUACUCCAUGCUGAAGCUGUUGGGCUUUCACUUCCAGUCCUUGGUGCCUUACCCACCCAAAGUGGACGCCCGUCACCUGUGGCUGGCCAGGGGCAAGGCCAAUCGUGGCAGUGUGGAGAAGAACUUCAUGCCCACCUUCUCCCACGCUCACCCUGUGGCUGCCAUCUUCCCACACUGGAACCCAGACAAACUCCUUGGAGUUGCCCAGCAAGUGGUUGCUGCUCUCAUUGAUCUCAGCGCCUGCAGUCAGUGUGUUAAUGCCUUGAUCUGGAUCCUUCCCUUGACCUGUGACAUCUUAGAGCAGCUCAUUACUUUGUUGAAGAAGUCCCAGUCACCUCCCGCCAUGUGCCCUCGGCUGACGGAGAAAAAGCAGUGGCUUCACUUUGGAACCAGCCCCACCUCAGAGAUUUCCUGCAGGUCACUACAAGUGGGGAGCCUCAACCUAUUCCUAGCCCUACACCCUCGGUUUCCACAAAGGCAACGUCAGCUGGACCCUGGGCAUUGCUCUUCAACUGAGGUGCGAGAGCAACAGUCCACACAGGAGCCUCAGGAAACCAUAGCACGGAGAGAGGGUCAGUCCACACAAAGUCCCCAGCAAGCGGCAGAACAAGGAGAGGAGUUGAGCCCACAGGAUGGUCAGGAAACUCUGCCAUUGACCAGUGGACAAAUGGAGCAGAGUCGCGUGGAAGGUUUGCCAUCCACAGACGAGCUGUCCGUUCCCAGAUCCCAGGAGAGUUUAACACCAGAGGAGAAGCAAUCCAGUCAGGAGCCUCAGGAGCCAUUGACGUGCAGGGUUUCAGGCAACAAAGGCGGACCAGGUUCCCAGGACACGCAUGUGGACAAGAGCAGGAAAAUCAGACAAGGUCCACAGGGAAUCUCAGGAAACAACACGAGAGGCAAGAAAACUAAACAGUGUCCUGGGGGAAUGGCUGCAAGAAAAAACGUGAAAAACAGACACCGUGCUUCAGAAACAUCACUGGCAAGUGAUACACUGUCCAAACAAGAUGCUCAUGGAUUGGCCACAGACAUUGAGAGGACGGUGGCAGCAACCUCCAAAGUCUGUCUAAAUACCCUGAAGCCGUUGCUGGUACUAAGACAUCAGGUGAUGAUGCAGGCUCCAUGGCUCUCUGUCAGAGCCACCUCAAAUGAGGUGCAGGUGAAGCGUGGCCUGGUGAACAGGUUGGCCUCUCUACAUUCUCAGCAACAAGCCCACAUACGGGACAUGGAGCUCUGGCACAAGAAAACUCUGAAGAACCUGGAGCAAAAACCAGAGAGAAGUGAACCGGCAACACAGGCCUGCUGUACGAAGGUGAAGGUGAGAGGGCCCCGGACCCCCAGCUCCAACCGCACACCCCUAGACCCACCCAAGCCAGUCCCACACAACGUUGCUGAAAACCUGGCCCUGCGUCGCACCGCUCACAAGAUCAUCACGGAGCAGGAUGAGACCAUUCGGCAGAGGCACAGAGCUGAGGUCAACGACCUGUUCCUGCCCUUUAUUGACCCAGUGCCUGACACAGCAUGACUGAGUGCUGGCAUCCAUCACUACUGCUUCAUGCUUGCUCUUCCUCAAUGUUAUCUUGAAGCAAGGAAGCUAUCCAAAUAUACACACCUUCAUCUAUUGAAAUGAGAAUCUAGCAUGAUGUGACUAUUUGAAUAAAUUCAUGCCCAUUCCCCAAACGAGAGCAGCAGAUAGAUGCCUCUGUGAUGAGUA